AUGGAGAGUCGUCAAACGAGAGAGGCUAGAAUUGCCAUGGUUGUUGCUCUGUUGUGGAGCAGAGCAUCUGCAUCUAUGGGAAACAUAAACAUAUACUGGGGUCAGAAUAGCAACGAAGCUUCUCUUCCCAAUACCUACGCAAGCGGCAACUUUGAAAUUGUAAUGCUCGCAUUUCUAAACAAGUUCGCCGACGGGCAGACGCCGGUGCUGAACCUAGCGGGCCAUUGCGAUCCCCCCUCGGGAGGAUGCAAAUCGUUGAGUGCUGAUAUUCAGUCUUGCCAGUCCAGAGGUGUAAAGGUAUUUAUGUCCCUCGGAGGAGCCGUCAGAAACUAUAAGAUCACCUCCGUAGAGGAUGCGAAGAACAUGGCCAGCUAUCUGUGGGACAACUUUCUGGGAGGGCAAUCGGACUCCAGGCCUAUCGGAGACGCUGUUCAGGACGGCAUCGACUUCAAUAUCCAAAACACUACAGCGCACUGGGAUGAUCUGGCCAGCGCCAUGUCUGCUCUUAGCACUCCCUCCAAGAAGAUCUAUCUCAGUGCCGCCCCGCAGUGCCCCUAUCCCGAUGCUCACCUCAUAACGGCCUUGCAGACGGGGCGUUUUGACUACGUUUGGAUCCAGUUCUACAAUAAUACUCCUUGUUUGUAUGCCAACGAUAACGCUACCAAUUUGGUGAAUUCAUGGACCCUUUGGACCACAUCUAUUCCCACUGCUCAAACACGGAGCUUCUACAUCGGCCUUCCAGCUGCGCCUGAUGCUAUCAAUAAUGGUGGCUAUGUUGAGCCAGACGUACUCAUCUCCCAAGUGCUGCCUAAGAUCAAGCCUUCCUCAAAAUAUGGAGGAGUCAUGCUGUGGUCCAAGUACUGGGACGAGCAAACCAAUUACAGCUCGAUCAUCAAAGAUUCUAUAAUAACGAAGCCGUCCCUGGUUGAGGUGCCUAGUUUGGCAUAUGUCUAA